AUGACCUCUACAUUUUCCAAAGUGGGCGGCCUCAUCGACGAUGACGAAGAGGAGCGGCGGCAGAUCAGCCUGCAAGCGCAGGCUCUCUACAAGAAAGCACAGGAUGCAUACAGCUCACAGGGUUCGAAGGAGCAUGUUUUGAGGUUGUUUGAAGACGCUGAGGCUGCAAUGAGACCACUGCUUGGAGGAGGCUUGGCGACCUUGGAACCUCAGGAGCUGGAGACGGUACUGAAGGGUCGUCUACAUCAGGCAGUGUCUCUCGCGCAGAUGACAGAAGUUCCAAACCGCUGGAGCCGGGUCAAGUCGCUUUCAGAGGAUGUUCUACAAUUUGACUUCAACAACGCUCACGCGCGGUGGCUGCGGGGCUUGUGCUUGCGAAGCCAAAGCAAGAUGAAGGAAGCUGAGGAGGAGUGUCGCCGAGCAGUGGAAUGCGCGCGAUCACAGGGAAAGGAUGCCGAGGCCCAGCAGUGGGAGAAAGAGAUCUCGGAAACUUUCGACAUCUCUGGAGCCAACCAGACGAGGAAGUCGACAGAGGAGAGAGGAGACACCGAUCAUGCCGGGUCGUCGGAAAGCUCUUCGAAGGCUUCCAAGAAAUCGUCCUCAGCUGCAAUGCAGAAGGGCUUCCUCAAUCGGCCAACUCGGAAGACAGAGGUGACGGGCCAAAGGAAGGGUAGCGAACCCUCCCAGACAGACCAGGAUGGCACAAAAGCAGGCUCCACAGAGGAAAGUCAGAUGUCCAAGCCAAGUGUUCGCGAGGCUGAGCUGGAGCGGGAACUUGAAAAAUUGCGCACAAGCUAUGAGGAGCAGGAGGUGCACCUGCAUCAGCAGAUCAUGUCCCUGAAGGCCAUGAAGUCUGAGGAGCAGCACUUUCGAGAUGAAGCUGAGGCACUUCUUCAAGAGUUAGAGAGCCAAAGCACGGCAACUCCAUCCGCCUCCAGCAGUUGCCUUCCCGCAGACGCACAGGCAGCCCUCCAGGUGGCAACUGAUCGUAUGCAGGCUGGCCGCGCAUGGGCAGAGAAUGAGCAGCAGAGGUAUGUGGAGUUCUCUACCGAGGUACUGACGCUUCAAGAGAUGUCGGCAAGGGAAUUUCGAGAGCAAGAGGAUGUUGGUUUGAAGCAAAGCAAAGAGCUUCGGGAGCUUGCCAAGCGCUUUGGCGACCUGCUGAGGCUGGCAAGACUACUUGAUGGGUAUGUCAGGGAGCGAUCCGCUGGUCGCGAGCAAGAUGCUGAUGUUCAGCAGCUAGCACAGCAAGUUGCGGACUUCCGCGGGCUCUCCUGGACCGUCAAGAUAUCCGCCAUGGUUGACGACGGGGCGAUCCUUCGGAUCUUCGUGGUGUCUGCGGUGUUGGGCAUGCUUUUCACUUUGGCAGUGGUGGUGGAGACUGGACUCGGGCAAACCUGCUCACUGACCUGCGGGCGAGCCGUACCAUGA